CGGGGAUGUGCCAUUGACUAUUCUAAGUUAUAGUAGCGUGUGCAUGGCUGCUAUCGUUUUGUGCUUCUACAUACGACUGAAAGAAAUUCUACCCUGUAUUGGAGCGCUGCGCGUUUGAGAGGGGUAUACUUUGAUGUACUACUGAUCACGGCGGCAUUUGCGAUUGCGUCGGUCCGGAUAUCCUUAUAGCAAUCGCUUUAACGCUCUGGGUUCUGGAUUGCACUGCGGAGUGGCUGGGUUGAACGAUCUUGUAAUAUUUUGUCUCGACUUACAUUUAAGUGUUGAAAUGGUGCGAGGCGGGGAUUCGGAAGGAACGGUGGCUCUACCCCGGUUAGAGGAUAUCCUCCGUCACCCAGAAGAUCUGGACAAGAUCGCGGUGCUCAGAGCAGAAUAUUCGCGGAAGAAGGCAGCCGUCGAUUCCCAGCUCCGGGAAGGUCUCCGAGAUCAGCUAGAGACCGUACAACGCAGCAUCAACGCCCUAACCGAAGGCCAACGCCAGGUUUCAAAGACGAAAGAUGAGCUCCAGGGGAUCGACAAAUUAUGCGCGGAGUCACAAUCGAGCGUGGAGGACUUCUCCCAGAUUGAUCGGCUCGCCAAAGUGCAAAGAAACUUUGAAGCGGUCUUGACGAUGAAAAAGGGUCUGGAGAACUUCAGUGCGGAUCUUGCUGAGGUUGAGAACCUCCUAAAAGAGGAUGAUGAUGAACUUGAGAAUCAGCCGAAUCUUCUUCGGGCCCAUAUGCAGAUCUCUAAGUUGAGAGAUUUUCGUGAUGAGGCGAUGGAUCAAAUACGGAAGGCCCAAGAUUCGAGUAGUGAAGCGACGCUGGAGGAUUAUUUUCAGGGUCUGGAUAAUGUUAUCGACUGGUUCGAUGAUCAUCUGGGAACUGCUUGUAUGAAUCUUAUUCCCCUUGUGCAGUCGGAUAAUCCAAGCAUGGUUGUUCGGCUGGCUGUUGUUGUCAUGAACGAGGAGAAGAAGGAUGAAACGGUUCGCGCUUUGCAGGAAGCGCAGAAGGACCAUCAAGAUUUGGCAGGCCGGUUCAAAUCGAUGAACGUGGGCCCUAAAACGGUCAGAGGUUACAAGGAAAAGUUUCUUCAGGCGAUUGAGUUCUACGCACAGAAUCAGUUCGAAAGCACUAAGGAGGAUUUCCUAGGAGACCCGGAUAUCCUAGAUAAGAGCUUCCGGUGGUUUUUUAAUGAUCUUUUUACUGUUAAACAAGGUAUGCAGUCGUUGAUGCCGAAGAAGUGGAAGAUCUAUAAAACAUAUACCGAUAUUUAUCACCGAAUGAUGCACGACUUCCUCGUGGACCUGAUCAAUGAUCCCGAGUUACCACCAGAUAACCUGCUCUCCAUUAUCCACUGGGGAGAAAAAUACUACAAGAAGAUGAACAAACUCGGCUGGAAGCAGUCAGAACUGCGGCCAAACAUUCUUGAUGACCGUGAACCUGAGCUCAUUCGGCAGUGGCAGAACAUUAUCAUCAAAGCCGUCGAAGAGUGGAUGGACCGGAUUACAGAAACUGAUAGGAAAGGCCUGGUGGAGCGCAUCCCUGAUUCUCUUGACACCAACGCAGACGGCUAUUUCCGCACGAAAACCCUUCCAGAUAUGUGGCGCAUGAUCCAUGAACAGAUUCAGGCAGCUACUGCCUCUUCCCGGACGGAUCUGGUCGAAGGCAUCAUUGAUGCCAUGUUCCGAGUGCUCAAGGCCCGCCAGACCAAUUGGCAAUCGCUUAUCGAGGACGAGUGCGCCAAGUAUAAGGCACCAGGCGGCGAUCAGCUCGAUGGGUUACAACUGUUGCAGGACUGGCUUGUUGCCGUGGCCAAUGACCAGAUUGCUUGCAUCGAUGACCAUGAUGAAACGGGACAAUUCGGCUACUUGACGAGAUUCAAGCGCGAUUUCGAGACGUACGUCGACCCGAAAUAUAUGGCAGCACGAGCUAUACCCGAGCUGGAUGCGCUGCGAGACGGCUACGUAGAUCUAAGUACAUACUGUCUCACUCAAUUCGUGGAGGUGGUUUUUGCCGUCGACUUCCGUGCUACUAUUCCUGAAUUCUUCACCCAGAAAUGGUAUGGCGACUUUGCCAUCAAGCGAAUCACCUCUACAUUCGAAGAUUACAUGGCCGAUUAUUCCCCUGUUUUACAUCCGUCUCUUAUCGACAUUUUGGUCGAAGAGCUCUCUGACGAACUCUUGGUCCGGUAUAUGUCGUCGAUCCGCAACCGGGGUGUUAAGUUCCGCCGAAACGCCGAUCCAUACACGGACAAAUUCAAGGACGACGUUCUCACCGUGUUCGCCUUCUUCCAGAAUUAUCCGGACUCGUUUGCCGGUACUAUCAAGCAGAAAUGGCGACUUGUCAACUGGUUGGUCCGUUUGCUUGAAUCGGAGAAGGGACCUGCCGUUGUUGCGGUCUAUGAGGAUUUCAAGAGGGAAUACUGGGAUCUUCAGCUGACAUGGGUUGAGGCUGUUCUUAGGACAAGGGAUGACUUCGAGAGAAGCAUGAUCAGUGCUAUCAAGGGCAAGGCCGCAGAGUUGUCAGUUGAGAGAGGAAUGGAGACUCUCAUGAGUCGGCUGAGGUAGUUGAAUGAUAUCUAAGGGUGAUAAUGCUCUAUUCAGCGUGGCGUUAGGAGUUGAUUCUGGUCCGAGGCUGGGUCCGCUGUCACCAAGAUGUAUCCUAUAAUAUGAAUGCAAUGUAUAU